AUGAUGCCUCCUUCGUCAAACAGCAAGAUCAACUCGGCGUUGAGGCGAUUGAUCUCCGGCAACUCAAGCCCACCUUAUCGACCCUUCCCUUCAUCUCCUUCGCCCCCGGUGCCUUCACAAUGCCCUAAUAUCUUCUUCACAGUGCCCUACCCCGCCAAUCUGAUUCUUUUAGGUCUAAAUAUUGGUGGUGGCAUCGAGAUGAAGCUUCGGCUAAGGCAGCCUAGCAGGGAAUGGGAUCUCUUCCCAUUCGAGCAGUUCUUGAUACAAUGCUCCAUGAGCUGUGUCACAUCGUGCAUGGGACACACAAUGUCUCAUUCUAUAAGUUCUGGGAUGAGUUACACAAUGUGAUUCCUCUUGAUCAAAUUUUCCUCUUGUUACCUUUAUAUAAAAGGAUAUCAAACAUUCCCUUGUUUACGUGUUUCACAAAGUUUUUGGAAUCAUGUUACUAUAAUCAUCAAUAUU